AUGCCGAAUCCAGAGAGUGACGACUAUAAGUUUCUUCGUAUUGUAGAUGCCACGACUUCGAUUAAUCAAAAAGUUAACCUCAUUGGUGUUGUCACCGAAGCCGGUAUACCCAAGCAGAGCAAAGGCACUGAUUGUUGUUGCACAAUAAGGAUUGUAGAUGAAUCAAAUCCAAGCUCUGGGAUCUCCGUUAAUGUUUUUGCUGAAACUUUUGAUAAGCUCCCAAAUGUUGAGUCCACCGGUGACAUUAUUCAGCUUUCUCAUGUUGUGAUGAAACUUCAUGGAUCUGAGGUCAAUGCUGUUUUUAACAAAAGAUUUUCAGCAUUUGCAUUAUAUGAAGGAAGUGAUUUUUCAAACUUUGUACCUUAUCAAGUUUCCUCCAAGUUUCAUGCUAGAGAACAAGACAACAAGUUCAUAGCAGACUUGAGAAAGUGGACAAUUACUCACCUACCUGAAACAGAAUCAAAUGGCUUCUUCCAACUAAAUUCAAUCAAACAAGGAAUUCGAUCCAAUUUGAUUUGUAAGGUUCUUCAUAUCUGUGAAGUUACACAAGGUGAGUGGAUGCUUUUUGUAUGGAAUGGAACUGAUGCUCCACCAUUAGAUAUUCAUUCAAAGCUUGAAGAAGAGCUUAAGAACCCUCUUUGUCUACAAUUAGAAGAGCCUCCAUUGUCAAGAGAUGUUUUGUGUAGUUUCCCAACUGUUGGGACUGUUUUAAGGUUAACUGCUGACAGGUGUAAUGCCAGGCUGGCACUUCAGUUACUGAAAGUUGGCAGAUGGGUUCAGUUUAGGAAUAUUCAAUUUGAAGCUCGUGAGGGUUUAUGGUGUGGAAUUUUGAUGCAUUCUUCUAAGUUUAGUUAUUUGUCUGAUGACAAUAAAGUUGUAUUAGAGUUCCAAAGGGAAUACAAGAAACGAUUUAAAGGAAAGUGGACUCGUAUGCCAUUGUCUAGCUUCCCUUGGCCUCCUAAUCUCACAAAAACAGAGCAUGAGCACGUGCCUCUUGUUACACUGAUGGACAUAAUCACCUAUCCAAAGGUAUUAUACAAAUACAGAUGUGUAGUUCGUGUAGUGGCAACAUUACCUGGUGAGGCUACCAACUUCCGUGGGCCCUCUGGUAUUUAUAGGCUUCGCCUCACACUUGAAGAUGCUACAGCUAGAAUCCAUGCAUGUUUAUAUGACAAAGAUGCGGAGAAGUUUUUUGGAGGCUAUCCGGAUGAUGAUAAGAUGAUAAAAUUGCAUAAGGUGUUACUUGGAAUUGAUGAAAAUAAUGGAAAGGCAAGAAAUCCGCCAUGGAUUGAUUGUUGUUUGAAAUCUUAUUAUGUUGAUAAGAGCGACAUGUGGGGUAGUAGAAGAUAUGGGAUCUUUGAUACCAAAUUCAUUGGGUUGAGUGAUUGA